UGCAAACAUGUAUUCUAUAUGAGAAAUCAAUCUUUUACAAAAGAAGGGUAUCAAUAAAAGUACUACCUACAAGUUGCAUCUUCUCAUUUGUUUUUUUUAUUUCCAUGCUUGAGGGGAAAUAAAAAUGCUGUCGAAAAGGAUAAAGUUCAGAGUUGUGAUUGUGUUUGGGAUUAUAUAUUUCGUAAGUUUUUGGCUAUUAACAAUUGGAUAUUUCACCCCCUAUUGGGUACUUAUACAUCUUGUAGACGGCAAAUACGACAAUGAAUGGUCUCGUACCAAUUACCCAUUUAAUGUUGCGCCUUGGAACAGCUACCUUAACGAAAAAUGCUAUAGUAUUGGAGUAGUGACACGAAGCUGUGAUAGUAAAACCUUUGACUGGUUCAAGGAAAAUAAUAUUGACUACACAUCCACAGUAUUGGGAAACUCCUUUAAACUGAUGACAGCCGCAAUUGUUGUGGUGUAUACCAAUGCCAGUUUACUCGUUACAGCAGUUGUAUUUGACUUGUUCCAAAAUUCAUUAUACAUGUCUUUCUUGUCCAUCUCAUUUGGGAUAUUCUAUCCCACUGCAGCUAUACUUAUUCUAGUAGCAACUAUCUAUGUUGAAAAUGCAUACAGACAGGAUACAGGAUAUUCUGCAAUGUUGUGUACGAUAGCCGGAUGUCUUAUGCUGAUAUUCUAUGCAGCAAUAAUUACGUAUGAUAUACACUACAUUAAAAGAAGUUAUACCAAAUCUUCUAAGAUCCAGAAUCCAAAACAAGCGCUAGAAUCAAAUGAAUUCAGAAGGCAUCAUGCAUCGCAACAUGACCAAUCUCUUCAGGAAACAAAAUUGAAGAAUAUUGAAGUGAAUCCUGUACGCGAAUGGGGCCUGCGCAGAGUAUAAAUACUAUAAUCAUUAUUAUAGAAAUUAUCUAAUUUAAGAUGAUGUCUGUGAACUGUUUGUGUAGCGAUAUCUUUUCUUGAUGUUAGUUCUAAAAAUAAUGUUUUGUGUUAAUAAGGCAAGUUUUGGUGUGAUAUCCCUAAAAGACACGGAAUACGUUGAUAAGUGAUACAUUAUUUGAUGUAUUAUCUUCCGUGAGACAUCGUUUAACAAAAUAAUGUAUUUUUGUGCGUGAAAGGUUAAGUAACAUUAUUCUAGCUUUAUAUUCACAUUCGUCACAUAUAGUUUCAUCACAUAAAAUGAUAUUAAACGAGUUUACAAAAUUGUUAUAUAAUGUAAUUGAUAUUGUAUUUUUAUUGGAUAAGUUCACAUCAAAUAAAUCGUAAUGACAUCUUUAUUUAAAUGUAGACGUUUCGUUGCGUCUAAUUGCGUCAAAAAUGUUUUGUUUGAAUGGGUUAUAUGUCACACCGGCACAUU